AUGUAUGACGUCGACCGCACGGUGCUUCUGGCGUUGGGCGCCGGCCUGGUCAUCGCGGCCUCAUGCAUCGCCGCCGUCUACUACUGCUGCAGCGUCACGAUCCGGAAGCUCCGGGAGCGGCGGGCGGCGGCGGCCGAUCUGCAGCGCGCGCUCCUGAGCGUCGCCGUGCAGCAUUUCAACGCCAGGCAGCACAGGAUGCAGCAGCAGCCGGCCCCGGCGGAUCCGGCGGCGGAGGCGUGGGUGAGGGCACGGGCGGAGAGGGCGGAGACGGCGCUCAGGAUCGUCAACGGCGCGUCCUUCCCGAGGUGGCAGCCUGGCCCUGGCGCCGGAGACGGAGACGAAGAUUGCUGCCCGGCGUGCAGGGAGAAGAUGGAGCGCGGCCAGGCGUGCUGCGUGCUGCCGGCGUGCGGCCACGAGUUCCACCGGGAUUGCAUGGCGGGCUGGAUCAAGACCAGCUUGAACGCCACCUGCCCUGCUUGCAGGACGCCCAUCGCCGAUCAUCGUCGCAAACAUGGUCUAGCUAGCUAG